AUGCUCCGAGCAAAUCAAAAAAUAUAUACCUCUUACGCUGCAGCAGCAAUAGCUGUUUACCUUCUCUUUGGUCCAUUGGGUUUAGGUCAUAUUCCUUUCUUGCCAGAUGGUAUAUCCUCUAGCUUCUCUCACGCGGGUGGAAACACGAGGGAUGGUGGAAUUAGAUCAACAAGCCCAGAGACUGACAAACUGCUAAGCUUCAAAGCUUCGAAAAUCGUUAAUUUUGCUCCAGGUUAUACCGUGGUGGAGAAUUUGUAUUGGCACAACUACUCUUACAUAUUCGUAACCGAUCAACCAUGGCAUAUACCGAAGCAUGAUCUGAUUGCCAACAUGCACGUUGAUACCAGGAUACCUUUUAACGGUCAUGAAGAAAUCAAAGUGUAUGGAAUCAGAAUGCCUCCUGUUAGUCCGGAGGUAAAAGAGGAAAACCAGAUAGGACAUUCUAUACUCCUUGAUGAGGCUAUUGCAUUGUUCGGGAGAGCCAAAGAAUUGGAUAGUCCAAUGAUUAUCAAUAACGACGAUAAUUUCGUCUCUCAUUACUACCAUUGGAUCGGUGAAACAUUCCUUGGAGCUUGGAGGACGUGGUCAAAUUACGCUUGGAGAACGGGUCUCACUCUUCCUAACAUCAAAGUCGUCGCAUUCACAAAGCAAUACCACAAAGCUGAAGCUCCUCCAGGCAGCAACGGAGCCAACUGGUGGGAAGAUGCACCUGGAGCCAACAAGUGGUUUACUUCCAAAUUUUUCCCUGGAGUGUCGUUCGAGACUAAACCUAUCUGGCAAGAGCGUGCAGACUCCAAUGAAUACUAUCUCAUCCCUCUAGCUUUGAUAGCCGACCGAAGAGGAGGACAUAACGGCCCUUCACACGCUUGGAAGCCAUGGGGUGAUGCCUUGCGUCUACCUGUAUCUUCCGACUGGUUGGUUAACCUUCGAGAUCGAGUAUUAUCCGAUUAUGUUGGUCCAAUCAACCUCAAGAAGCGUACGAAACCUCAUGUCAUGUAUCUUGAAAGACAGGGAAGUGGAAGGGAAUUGGUACCUCAAGACCACGAGGCUUUGAUGAAAGCUGUCCUUCAAGUAGAUGAGGAUGGAUUAGCAGAUGUGACUAUCAAAGCUUUCAGUUCGAGUAUCCCUUUCGCCGAUCAGGUUGCGGAAAUCUCAACAGUCGAUAUCCUAAUUUCUGUGCAUGGAAAUGGUCUCACUCACACUUUGUGGAUGGAUCCGGGUUCUUCCGUGUUUGAACUCCAACCCGCAGAGUGUACCGUUACCGAUUACUCUCCCCUCGCUAUCGCUGCUGGUGUUCAGCAUUACCUCGUUCACGAGACUAGCUUCUGUGUUCCCGAAGAAUGCCCAGGUCGAGGCUGUCCCGGACCAAGAGCAAUCAAUCGGGAUGACAUCCGAGUUUCGGCUCAUGUCGUCACCGAUCAAGUCAGACGAAUCAUCAGGAGGAUGAACAAGGCUUAA